UUAGUUUCUUCUUCCUGAGCUCUCCGCCGCGUUCUCUUCUCUCUUUUCUCAAAAUCCAAAGUUAAUUCCUCGAAACCAAUCGAUUCGAUCCUCCUCGCUUUCCUUUGUUUGGUCGUUGUCCUCUCAGAGCAAUCAUCUCGUUCUUUGUCUGGAUUCGUUUCUCAAACGUAAAUUCAAUCGUCGUCUCUACUAUAUGGAGCUUUCUGAUGUAAGCAAUGGAAAGAGCAACAAACCGAAGCAGCCUCCAAAACGUUUCGUGAAGAACCAAAUCCCAGAAUCGAUCCUCGGCGACGCAUCGCUAAACGCAGCAAUCUCCCUUUUGCCAUCGAUUUACCAGUUCGAGGUCCAUAAAUGCGUAUGGCGUAUCAAAUCAUCAAACGCCAAACGCAUCGCUCUCCAGCUUCCCGAGGGUCUUCUCAUGUACGCACUCACACUCUCCGACAUCUUCACGUCUUUCGCCGGAGCGUCUCACUGCUUUGUCCUCGGUGACGUCACUUAUGGAGCUUGCUGCGUCGAUGAUUUCUCAGCCUCUGCUCUUGGUGCUGACUUACUCAUCCACUACGGACACAGUUGCCUUGUCCCUAUCGACUCUACAAAGAUCCCUUGUCUCUAUGUCUUCGUCGAGAUCCAGAUAGAUGUCAAAUGUCUUUUGAACACUAUCCAUCUCAACCUCUCGGCUGAUUCCAAGAACAUAAUCCUCGCUGGAACCAUUCAGUUUACUUCUGCGAUAAGAGCCGUGAAGCCAGAGUUGGAGAAGCAAGGUUUCAACGUUUUGAUCCCUCAGUCAAAGCCUCUCUCUGCAGGGGAAGUUCUUGGAUGCACAGCACCAAAGAUCACGAGGGUUGAUGAGGAUAAAGACGCAGUGCUGGUGUUUGUAGCUGAUGGGAGAUUCCAUCUCGAAGCGUUUAUGAUUGCAAAUCCGAAAAUCAAGGCGUUUAGGUACGAUCCGUAUCUUGGCAAGAUGUUCUUGGAGGAGUAUGAUCACAAGGGGAUGAGGGAGACGAGAAGGAGAGCGAUUUCACGUGCUAAGGAUGCAAAGACUUGGGGGAUUGUGUUGGGGACAUUGGGAAGGCAAGGAAACCCCAAGAUUCUCGAGAGGUUAGAGAAGAAGAUGAUGGAGAAAGGGAUAGACAGCACAGUUGUGUUGAUGUCGGAACUUAGCCCUACGAGAGUGGCGUUGUUUGAAGACUCGGUGGAUGCUUGGGUUCAAAUAGCAUGCCCGAGACUCUCGAUUGAUUGGGGUGAGGCGUUUCUUAAGCCGCUUCUGACAACUUUCGAGGCUGAGAUUGCUCUUGGACUCAUCCGAGGUUGGUGGGAGAACGGUUCUGGUUCUGUUUCUUCGAGCAGAGUAGAUUCUCCGUCUGGCUGCUGCAAAGAGGACAAAGAAGCAAGCUGUGCGUGUGGGAAUGGAAAGGUGGAAGAUGGUAACAAGAAAGAUGAUGAUGAUGAUGAUGAUGAUGGGGUAAUGGAUGGAGACUAUCCAAUGGAUUAUUAUGCACAAGAAGGUGGAGAAUGGAACUCAUCAUAUCUCAAGAAGUCAUCUCGUCCCAUUCGAAGAAACCCUUUACCUUCUUCUUCUUUAGUUUAGAAUGCUUUUGAGUUUUUUUUGAUAAGAGUAUACUCACAGACAGAUAUCAAAUUGGAAUUAUUAUUG